CGAGAGAAGGGAAGGAUGGAGUCAGCAAUAUAUAGAAGAGAAGGAAGAAGGGAAGGAAGCAGGCGUCCCUUUCCCCGCUCCGCUUGGCUUUUUGCCUACCCAGCUCUCUCGCCUCCUAGACCUCAUACUCUACUCCCUCCCUAGGCUUUGGCCUUGGGUACGCCGCCGCAGACCCCAGACGAGAUAGCUUCCGUUCCCAUAGCCUUGCUUGCUUGGCGAUAAGGAGGAGGAGGACGAGCACGGGAAGCCCCCAUGGCGUUCCAUGGGCACCUGCCGCACGAGAUGGCCAUGCUGCAGCCGCUCGGGGCGGACGACGCGGCGGCGGCGGCGGCUGCGGCUGCGGCGGGCGCGGCGGGUGGAGGGGCGCCGCCCGCGUGGAUGAGGCAGUACGGGGGGGACGGCGGGAGUUUCCUGCACCUGCAGCAGACGACGUCGGACUCGUCGCCCUCGGCGGCAGCGGCGGGGGUGCAGUGGAUUGGGGCGGGGGGCGAGGAGGUGGUGGCGGCGGCGAUGGGCGGCGGGAUGGUGGUGGAGGAGGCGGAGGCGCGGAGCAAGGCGGAGGUGCUGGCGCACCCGCUGUACGAGCAGUUGCUGUCGGCGCACGUGGCGUGCCUCCGCAUCGCGACGCCCGUGGACCAGCUCCCCCGCAUCGACGCGCAGCUCGCGCAGUCGCAGGGCGUCGUCGCCAAGUACUCCACCGCCGGCGGCCUCGCCGCCGGAGACGACACCCGCGAGCUCGACCAGUUCAUGACACACUAUGUCCUGCUACUAUGUUCGUUCAAAGAACAACUACAACAGCAUGUCCGUGUUCAUGCAAUGGAAGCAGUGAUGGCUUGCUGGGAACUAGAACAAAAUCUACAGAGUUUAACAGGUGUGUCACCUGGUGAGGGCACCGGUGCAACAAUGUCUGAUGGUGAAGAUGACCAAGCGGAUAGCGAAGCUAACAUGUAUGAUGCAAGCUUGGAUGGACCGGAUUCUAUGGGGGGAUUCGGCCUUCCGACAGAGAGUGAGCGGUCCCUAAUGGAACGUGUUCGGCAAGAGCUAAAACAUGAGCUCAAACAGGGUUACAAAGAGAAGCUGGUUGACAUUAGAGAAGAAAUUCUUCGCAAGAGAAGAGCCGGGAAGCUCCCAGGAGAUACGACUUCUACAUUGAAAUCUUGGUGGCAGUCUCAUUCGAAGUGGCCAUACCCAACAGAGGAAGACAAGGCGCGGCUAGUGCAAGAAACAGGGCUACAGCUAAAGCAGAUCAACAACUGGUUCAUCAAUCAAAGAAAAAGGAACUGGCACAGCAACCCAUCUUCCUCCACCAAUGUCAAAAGCAAACGUAAAAGUAAUGCAGGUGAUAGCAAUUCAUAGCGCUUCAAGAAGGUCGUUGCAAAAUGCUGAAAGCUCUGUUGGGUGAGUUCGUGGGGGAAUACAUGUAGAACACAGAAAACAAGGAACUCGCAGCAAAGCUUUAGAUCAGGCAUGUUCUCAGCAAGAUCCACCAGGGUCAGCAGCCGUACGUAUGUUAGAAACCAGUUAUUUAUAGACAAAGGAAACUAAUUGCUUCUUAUAAGUAAACACGUAGUUCUGUAAACGCUUGAUUUGAAGAAUAGAGGAAGCUAUUCCAAUGGCUUGUAUAUGGUGGCAGUUUGGCACUAUUUAUUUCAUUAGAAUGAUGGUUAGAUAUCACAUGGUAGUAAUGUCUAGUUGAUUGUCUC